CUUUCUAGCCGCGCCGCCCGGAUCUCUAUGGUGCGCUGCUGCCCCGGAAGCUGCUGGCGGCGGGACGCGCUCCGGCUCCUCGCGGCUGCGGCGCAUGGCGGGCACGGCGCUCAAGCGGCUGAUGGCCGAGUACAAGCAGUUAACCCUGAAUCCACCAGAAGGAAUAGUAGCAGGGCCUAUGAAUGAAGAAAACUUCUUUGAAUGGGAAGCCUUGAUCAUGGGCCCAGAGGAUACCUGUUUUGAGUAUGGUGUUUUCCCAGCUAUCCUGAGCUUCCCUCUUGAUUAUCCUCUAAGUCCUCCGAAGAUGAGGUUCACAUGUGAGAUGUUUCAUCCAAACAUAUACCCAGAUGGGCGAGUUUGCAUUUCCAUUCUGCAUGCUCCAGGGGAUGAUCCCAUGGGGUACGAGAGCAGCGCUGAGCGGUGGAGCCCAGUGCAGAGCGUGGAGAAGAUCCUCUUGUCAGUGGUUAGCAUGUUAGCAGAACCAAAUGAUGAAAGUGGAGCCAAUGUUGAUGCCUCCAAAAUGUGGCGGGAAGACAGAGAACAGUUUAACAGAAUUGCCAAGCAGAUUGUGCAGAAGUCCCUUGGGCUUUAAAAACAAAAAAGAAAAGAACGAAACUGCAGUGUUUUGUAUUUCUCUCCAGCUGACAGAGAGCAGUGCUUAGUGCUGAUACCAAAAAGGCAGAUUUUGUAAAAUCGUUGGCCUAAUUCUUCCUCUUUAUUCUUUUUAUUAUUUCCCCCCCUUAAAAAGCCUCUGGCUCACAGACUAAAACAUGUAGCAAGGAAGUACAUUAUUAGAACUCAAAAAUGGAGUCAGUCCUAUUGCAAAGGCUGUUCAAUGCUACCUCAUUCUGUUGUAUUGAAAAUCUGGAGACUUUACAAAGCAUGAAUUUGAGCCUAGCACAGUCUUAUACCCAUUUGCUGCAAUCCACCCCCUGGUCUCACCAGGAAAAUGCACAAGCGAUUGUGCAUUGCCAAGCAGUGGAAUCAGUCUUAUUCUCCCCAGUCAGUGAUUCAGAGCAAAGGUUAGUGAACGAAUACGUAAGUAGCUAGGUGGUCAGCAUAUUCAUGUUUGCAGAUAUUCCCAUUUGGCCAAUCUGCCACCAGAACUUGUUCCAGGGAAGAGGAGUUUUAGGUGACCUGCUACAACUAUCAGCUUUACGUUUCUGCAUAACAUCGUACCCAGAAAUGUGUGCAGAAAGCGAGUCAUUUUUAGUUGUGUGAUCUCAUUGGGAAAUUGGAAACAGUGAUGAUAGUCAACACCAGAGUUCACAAAAAGGUAGCUCAGUGAAGGAGGUUCUAAAACAAGAACACCUUCAGGUUGUUUUAAUGUAGGUAGCGAUUUUAAGUUUUUUAGCUAAGGUGACUCAUUCUAGAUGGCCAGUUCCAGCAAUGGCUGGUGCUCUUGGACUCAGCUGUCUAGAAUAGCCCAAUGUUUUUGUAUCAUGCUGUCAGUCUAAAUCUAGCCUUUGAAUCUGCUUUUGCAAAGAAGAGAUCUCAAUGACUGCUGUAAUUACUCCCUAAAAAUAUUUAUUGUAACUUCCAGUUUCAAUCAGAGAGGUAGGUCAGGAAAUCCAGUCUUUUCGUAAACAUUUUGGUCAGCUGUUUUGUUAGGUACCUGUUAAGCUUAUAAAAAGCACACAAGAGCUUUUUAUAGGGGAAAAGGCAACACACCACGUUUAUUGAGAAUACAACAGCUAACAUAUGUUUUUCAAUCUCUCUCUCACACACACACUCAC